AGGCAGGCAGGCAUGCACUGUAAGCUUCAUGCAGCUCGGAGAAGCUCUUGCUCUUGACGAUAGCUCGAAAGGAUAAGACUCUUAAGCUCCCGCGGACUAUUCUUUUCUCAGUGUCUUGCAAAGUCGCCCCAAUUGUCCCAUCAAUUACUUCAGCUUGGUUCCGUCCUUCAUUGACUCACAGCUGACACUCGAGAGGCAUUCAAGAUGCUUGCCACACAGAUCCUCUUCCUUUCAACCUUACUCCCACUUCUCCAAGCGCAGGAGACCGUCCUCGGUGUCUACAUCUUUCACCGUCAUGGAGAUCGUACAUCCAAGAACUUCGUUCCCACCACUUUGACAGACCUCGGGUACUACCAAGUGCACGCCGCCGGAGACUUCUAUCGCAACCGCUACAUCGACGCCAAUGCCACCUCUAAGAUCUUCGGCAUCAGCUCCGAUCUCGUCAAGAAUUCCCAAUUGAGCGUCGAAGCUCCUGUCGACACAGUUCUUCAGAAUUCAGCUGCCGGAUUCCUGCAAGGCCUUUACCCACCUGUUGGAGUUACGCUUGGGACUCAGAAGUUGGCCAAUGGAACGAGCGUUGAGGCACCCUUGGGCGGAUUCCAGCUCAUUCCUGUUAAUGCAAUUGCUUCUGCUGCAAGCGGUGCAAACUCCGAAAAUUCUCAGUGGCUUCAAGGACAGAGCGGUUGCAACAAUGCUAUUAUUAGCUCGAACAAUUACUUCUUCUCACAGGAGUAUAUGACCGAGCUCAACAAGACGAUGGAUUUCUAUCAUAGCGUUUUGCCAGUUGUCAAUGGUACCUUCAGUUUAGCUCAGGAUAACUUUAAGAAUGCUUAUUUAAUCUAUGACCUAGUUCAUGUGUCCCAGAUCCACAAUUCAAGCAUUCCGUCAGACAAUCUUCUCACUCCAGAGACUGUCUUCCAACUCCAAACCUUGGCAGACAACCAUGAAUACAACCUCGCAUUCAACUUAAGUGAACCAAUCAGAGCUAUCGCAGGAAGUGUUCUCGCCGCCCAAAUCGUCCAACAGCUCAACAUGACCAUUACCGGAAAGUCCAAGUCCCAGAUCGGCAUCCAAUUCGGCGCCUAUGCAUCCUUCCUCUCUUUCUUUGGCCUUGCCCAGCUCCCCAAGGUCUCCGACAACUUCACAGGAAUCGUCGACUACGCAUCCUCCAUGACCUUUGAACUGGUGACCAAUGCCACAGUCACAGACACCUCCUAUCCAAGCAACGACCAAAUCUCCGUCCGCUUUCUCUUCUCCAACGGCACCACCUCCGAGCACCCUCUCACCCCAUACCCACUCUUCGGACAAUCCGAGACCGUCCUCCCAUGGAACACAUUCGUGGACCAGAUGAACCAGUUUGCCAUCGGUGAUCAAGCGGAUUGGUGCACAAAGUGCGGAAACUCGACUGGUGUCUGCGCUUCUGCCACCUCGACUUCCACGGGGGCCUCUGGUUCCACAACUUCGUCGCCGUCAGCGGGAGGGAUUUCAAAGGCUGUUGCAGGUGUCAUUGGGGCUAUGGUCACUCUUGCUGUCAUUCUCGGCGUGGAGGCUCUUAUUAUGUUGCUGGCUGGCCUCAGAGUGGUGAAUAAGAAGCGAUUGAGUGGGAGAGCUUCCCCGGAGUCUGCUUCUGCUGUCGCAAAAGCUUAGUUUCGUGAAGAAUUCGGCUGAGAAUUUGCAGACAGCGGGGAGGAUUGACGAAUGAUGAGAGAAAACGAUACCAUGGUACAUAAAUGCGAGUAUUCGCUACAAAUUAUAUAUAAUCAUAUAUAUAUUUCUUGCUGUUGACAGUCUUCGUCGAAGGUCUUCGAGAUCACCCCGCCCUCCGAUUUCGCUCUCCACCAACCAGGGUGAAAACUUCAGACGAAACGACUCUUGACAUCAUAUACCCCCGGAAAUAUGGCAAAUAUAUUAUAAAAUAAAGAUUU